UGGCUGUGGCGUUUGGAGUCAGGAAAAAACACUUCGCAACUUUUUGUAGGCUACCACAACUAGAACAAAACAUUUUCUUUUACAUUUGAAAUUACAAUACGCUGGAAUUGACGCUGCUUUUGUAAGAAGGUUGAGCUACUUCCUUGUUGGCCAACAGCGGCAGCAGUAGUAGUUGCAGGCUGGGAACAUCUCCUCACCUCACAAAGAAAGUUUGCUUGCUAGGCUGCUAACUUCGCCACAGAAGACGACAAGAAAAGUGGAAACCUCAUGACGAGACAAAAAUAACAUCUCAACAUCCACGACGGCUUCUACCCACUCGUGGAAAUAGUGCCCCCCCUCCCUCUAUCACCUUCCUGCACCACCAUCAUCCAUAGCCGGUCCAACACAGACCCUGCAGGCAUGUCAGGCCGGAGUGGAGCUGUUGUGGGCCCGCAGCCCCUCAAGGCGACCAUCCCCUAUCAGCUGGCCAGCAAGCACCGAGCCAAAGGCAGGGCUGGGAAGUCAGCCGGGAAGAGCAAACCGCAGCAGCUGAGCCCCGGCAUGAGGAGAACCAUGUCUCUGGACGCCAUCAUCGGGCCCUACCUGCAGGGCCACUGGCCUAAAGAACGAGAAGGCGACUUGUGUCGCAAGGACAAAUCCACUCAGACCCCAAACUCCUGGUCAGACAAAACACAGAGCAGGAGGGAUGGCAACGAUGUCAACGGCAGCACCACCACCACCACCACCAGCAGCACCACCAACCACCACAAACGCUCAGCAUCAUGGGGCAGUGCUGAGCAGCUCCAGGAAAUCGCCAAACUAAAACCGCUGCCGCAGCGCGGCAAGCCUGCCAUCUCGGGGGGACACGACAAAGACCGCCAGCGUGGCUUCGCUCUGGGGACAUGUAGCCUAGGAACCACUCAGACUCAGCCCAUUCCCAUCCCAUUGACUCCCCUGUCUACGCUGGUCCCUCGCCUGCGCCGCAGCGUGGAAGGCCUCAACCAGGAGCUGGAGGGCAUGUUUGUCUGUCAGCCGGCACAUCAGCAGCACCAGUUUCUGGAGGUUCCAGAUGGACACCGUGCUCCUGUACCACCUCAGAGCUGCAGCAGCGGAUCUCAGAGCGACCCGGCCUCCGUGACGCCUCAUUCACUGUCUUCCGCUUCAUCCUCACCAUGCUCCACAUCUGAAGACGCUCCUGUGGACGUGCAUCAAGGCUUGGGUCUCCUGUCUCCGGUUCCAUGCCUGAGUGAGGCCGACCUCUCGCUGCCUCUGCUUAUCUCCUCCUCGCCUGGACCCAACAAGAGCUGCUGCUUCCAGAGAGAGCCUCCUGAGGGCUGUGAAAAAAUCAGAGUCUGGGAGGAGACCAGUACCUCCAACCUGCCCAAGCCAGUGGUGGUUGUCUCCUCCUGCCCAGACCCCAACAAGGUAAACUUUACCCCCCAUGGGGGCUCCGCCUUCUGCCCCGUCAGCCUCCUUAACCCCCUCCUCCCCUCCAUGGACCUGCUGUUCUGUAGCCUGGCCGUGUCCAGCCACGGGGGAUCACAUGCCUGCAACACGGUCGAUCCUCUUACCACCGCCACUUCUGGUGAAGGAUGUCCACACAAUGAUUCCUUCUAAUACUUAACUCUGUGGGGUUUGUUAGUGUUGCUUUAAUUUAGGACAGCUGCUUCCAUCUAAAAUGUUUAUGAAAAAAAAUCAUAAUGAAAGUAAACAAUCCAAAGUUGUGUUUUUAUGUUGUGUGAGCCAAAGAUUUACUUAAGACAAAGUGUGGCAAAUGGGAUGCAGACAACUUUUUUUUUUUUUAUUUUUUUUUAUUUUAGUCAAAGGUUAUUUAAAUGUGUUUCACCUUCCUGUUUGUUUUGACCUCGCACAGCUGGUGUACAAAGCUUGACAAAUGAAUUUGGUUCUUUUCAUUUACUAUUUGACUACGUCAGACUGAAGGGAAACUGUGGGUAGCAUCCAUACCGAACAGCUUUCCUGCUUGAAACAGUUUGUGCGUUAGAGGGUGAAAAAAGUGAACGUGCUCAUGUUGAUGGAGGAAACAAGUUUGUCUAAAUGGUGUUUAUAGUUCUAGUUGACUACCUAACCCAGGGGUGUCCUAUUUGCGGCCCGCAACUUGCUUUUUAUUGGCCCGUGGUAUUUUCUAAAAAUAACAAGAAAACCAAGCAAAAAGGCAAAUGUGACAUGGAAAAGUAGAAAUGUUAAUAUUAACACCACUAAUUGGAAUAUGCUUUGUCACCUACAAAACAAGUAUAUCACUUUCUUUCAACAUAUACAGUAUCACUUUUUAGCUACAUGGGUUGGUUUUAGCCUGUUAACAAAAUUUUAACACAUCAAAAUGGCCCCCCAAAUCCUUUUGAUUAUUCAGUUUGCGGCCCUCGCUGGGGAAAGUUGGGACACCCCGGACCUAACCAGUUUAGAUGGUGCAGAUUUGUUACAUUCUCUUUGCCGCUGGUAUAGUUUUAUUUCUGGUAGACACGUUUGCACAGAUGGAUUUUUUUUUUAUUUUUAUUUUUACAUUCACAUUUUGUACUUUUGUAAAUGUAAAAAAACGUAGUUGUGUGUAGUUUCAAGUAACCUGCAAAAUAAGCUAAAAAAAAAAAGGAAAAAAGAAACCUGUUACUUUUUAGUUUUAUGUCCACAUAAUCAAGACAGGCGUUACAUGAAAUCUUUGUAUCGGGUAUAGAUUUUUAUGCACUUCCAGGAAAGGGUUUUAUACGCUUCUUCCUUCCAUAGAUUAGUUUGUGUAUGUGCACAUGGAUGUAACAUUUAUGUAGUCACACUUUUUCUAGCUUUAGUAUUCUGCAUAUCAUUUGAAAUGUUCCUCUAUUUCAGUGCUUUGUAUAUAUGUGUGGAUGCUGGGGGGGGUGGGGUGUUCUGUGAUCUCAGGUACUGUUCUGUCCACAUAAAUACACCAUUGACUAUGUGUGCGCCCUUUCACUUAUUAAAUGGUGAAACUUUUUUUUUUUUACAUCAGAUUUAUUUAACAAAGGAAAGAAAAAAGAAACAACCCCAGCGCCACACCACUCCAGCUUCACAACACCCGAAGAGAUAAAAAUCCACACAAAAUAAUCGAAAAGAGAAGACGCAUACACCACUAAAAAACAAACAUUAAUGAUAUCACAACAAUAAUAACCAUAAUAAUGACUGAUAUUUUUUCCUUUCAUAGCAUUAAAUCAACAGUAACAUGCAAAAAACCCCACAAAACUACACAAAAAUAAAUUACAACAAUGUUACUGUCUUAUUACCAUCUACACCAUUACUAUAACUACCACUAAUAACAAUAUUAACCAUGACAGUCCCAGUGGCGUAUGCUUGCAUUCCAUCUCAUAACCCCAGCAAACUCUCCAGAGCACCAGACUGUAGCCAUCAUUCAUUCAUU